CCGCACCGCUCAGCUCAGCUCCACCCUGCUCGGCCCCGCACCUCCACGCACUGCACUGCACAGUCCCGCUCAGCCCCGCACCUCUCCGCAUCGCACAGCCCUGCUCUGGCCCGCACCACACACCACACUGUACAGCUCUUCUCAGCCCCGCACCUCCCCGCGUUGCCCCGCACCGCUCGGCUCGGCUCAGCUCAGCUCCACACUGCUCACCCUGCUCAGCCCCGCAGCUUCCCGCUCCACCCUGCUCAGCCCCGCACCUCUCCGCAUCGCACAGCCCUGCUGUGCCCCGCACCGCACAGCCACGCACCUCCCGCACCGCAGAGCCCCGCAUCGCUGGACCCCGCUCAGCCUCGCACCCCCCCGCACGUCUCCAUGGACCGCAGCCGGGCCGGGAGCCCGCUGGCAGCGGCGGAGGGAAAACGCCCCGCGUGCGGCUCGGGACCACCCCCCUCCAUCACUCCCACCCCCGCUCCCCCGUUACGCGGGGCCGCUGGCGCGGGGCCGGACCGGGGGCGCGGGGCUGGGGCGGCCCCGGGGCCGGGCCCGGCCCGUUGUUAUGGCACUGGGGGAAACAGCUGUAAACACGUCUUGGCCGGGGCUCCGCGGGAGCGGCUCGGCGGCCCGAGCAUCCCCCGGCGGUACGGACCGGCCCCGGAGCUCCGCCGGCCCGGGGGGCUCGGCGGCGUGGGACAACCCCGGACAAGCGACCCCACGGCCGGUCCCGCUCUCCCGGACCGGGAUGCUCCGGCGCUGCUGGGGCGGCCCCAGCCCGCCUGACCUCCCGGUGAACUGGCGCUGCGAGCGGGGGCUGCCCCGGGGGCGGGCAGUGCCCGGUGGGGGGACUCCCCGCAGCCCCGGGCCCGGUGCGCCGCGACGGCCCGCUGCCCCCCCGUCGCCUCCGGGGCCUCCGCCGGUGGCCCGCCGGUGGCCCCGAGAUGCGCCCGGUGAUUGACGGCUCUUUGUUUCCUCCUCGCCGGCCCCGUCGGCCCCUCCCCCGUGCGCCACCCCGCCCCGCCGCGCUCCGCUCCGCACCGGCGGCACCGGCGGCACCAUGGGGGCACCGGGGGGCUCCGCGCUCCUGGCGCUGCUCCUGCUGGGCGCCGCCGCUGCGGCGCGCCCGGGGCUGCAAGUCAUUGACCUGCUGCUGGUGAGCGAGGUGCGGCAGAUGGCCAGCGUGGCCCACAAGAUCCGCAUGGAGCUCCUGACCGUCAACGACGUGUACCUCCUGUCCACCUUCCGCCUGCCCCCCAAGCAGGGGGGGACCCUCUUCGGCCUCUACUCCAAGAAGGACAACACGCGGUGGCUGGAGGUCUCGGUCGUGGGGAAGAUCAACAAAGUCCUGGUGCGGUACCUGCGGGAGGACAACAAGGUGCACUCGGUCAACCUGCAGCACGCGCACGUGGCGGACGGGCAGAGCCACUCCAUCAUCGUGCGCCUGAGCGGGCUGCGCAGGGACACGCUGAGCGUGGAGCUCUACGUCGACUGCAAGCAGAUGGACUCCAGCGUGGGGCUACCCGAGCUGUCCGAGAUCCCCCUGGCCGAGGUGGAGGCCAUCGAGGUGCGCACGGGGCAGAAGGCCUACCAGAGGAUGCAGGGGUUCGUGGAGUCCAUGAAGCUGAUCUUGGGCGGGUCCAUGAGCCGUGUGGGGGCCCUGAGUGAGUGCCCUUUCCAAGGAGAUGAGUCCAUUCACAGUGCAGUGACGAGUGUUCUGGCCUCCAUCCUGGGUGAGCAGACCAAGGCGCUGGUCACGCAGCUGACCCUCUUCAACCGGGUCCUGUCGGAGCUGCGGGAAGACAUUAGGGACCAGGUGAAGGAGAUGUCUCUGAUCCGCAACACCAUCAUGGAGUGCCAGGUCUGCGGCUUCCACGAGCACCGGUCCCGCUGCAACCCCAACCCCUGCUUCAGCGGGGUGGACUGCAUGGAGACAUACGAGUACCCCGGGUACCGCUGCGGGCCCUGCCCACCGGGGCUGGAGGGCAACGGCACGCACUGCGCCGACAUCGAGGAGUGUGCCCAUGCCAACCCCUGCUUCCCUGGCUCCAAGUGCAUCAACACGUCCCCCGGGUUCCGCUGUGAGCCUUGUCCCCGUGGCUAUCGAGGCAACACCGUCUCUGGUGUGGGGGUGGACUAUGCCAAGGCCAGCAAGCAGGUUUGCACGGAUAUUGAUGAAUGCAACGAUGGGAACAACGGCGGCUGCGACCCCAACUCCAUCUGCACCAACACGCUGGGCUCCUUCAAGUGUGGUCCCUGCAAGUCGGGCUUUGUGGGGAACCAAACGUCGGGCUGC